CAAGAUUCAGAAAUGCUCAAGAAGACUUUGCCCCAAUUCGCGCGCGAGUUACAUAGCCAUGGUUGUCCCUGUUGGAGGAUUGGCCCCAACAGGUACCUUGGGGCCACCCCCCGAGGAGGUUCUGCGCUUGCUGCCCGCCUUGAAAGCAACAGUCGUCGCGUUGACUGUGAUGGUCAUCGGUGAGUUUAUAGCAACAUACUACCAAGAGGCUAUCUCAGAACUGCUAACGCCACUGCUGGGUCUCAUAGCUUUGAGGGAUGCAUCGCAGACAGGUCAGUGCAUCCUGUGCUUAGCGUUGCUUGCAGGUUUCAACUGCAUCUCGGACAUCACCUCCCUGGUCUUGAUCCUGUCCGGAGAGCGGUACAUUGCGGGUGCCAAGUAUUUCUUUUCCACGGAAUGCUCUGGCAAAGUGAGGGUCUAUGAUCCUACCACCCAGUCCAUGAAGGUGGAAGUGCGGGAGUUGUGUAGCUGGCAAACUGUGCUGGGCAACAGUGUCCUGAUCUGUGCCCUGAUCUUGGAAUUCCUCUGCUGCAAAUGGAGCAUCAAGGCCUUCCGGGCCUACCAAGCCGACAACCUCAACGCCAUGGAUGCCAUGUUGGGCGACGCGGAGCGGAUGGAUCGGAUGGACCGGAUGGACCGGAUGGGCCCGGGCCCCACUCCGAUGGCAGAAGGGGAAGAUCGUUCACGGCCCCCUGCCAGUGCUGCCCAGGGAUUCGUACCCUUCAGUGGCCAGGGGCAGAGAUUGUCUUGAAGGAUGCCACGCGCUGUGAAAA